AUGGCAGAGUCAGCCGAGGCCGUGGUAGCUAACCUGAGCAGCAGGAGGAAUGUCACAAUUGAGAUCACCAAUCUGACAAACAACUACUGUCUCAUCAACCCAAAGGUAUUCCUGGAGAGUGGGGAUACCUACCACCCUCCCCAGCCCACAGUGCGCCCCCUAAAGACCGAAGUCUGCACGUUCAGCAAAUCAAGCGCCAAGGCAACGGGCAGCUAUGGCGUUCUGACCUAUGACCUCUUUGAGAAGUCCCGGAACGACUACAUCGAGACGGUGGCCCUCAUGUUCGGUGUGCCCUGGGACUACAACAUCUACAAAAACUGGUUCGCUGUGGGCAUCUUCAACAAGGGCCGAGCCUGUGAUGAGUCACUGUAUAAAGAGAUGUACUAUGAAAAGACCCAGAAAGGUUUCAUAAGAGAAGAAGCCAAUGGCUCAGGGAUCAGCUAUGAAGGGAACUACCUGGACAUCAAGGUCACCAUGUCCCCCAUGGGCAGGGCCAUCAUGAAGGUGGAGGUAUGGGACAAGCUGUUCACUCCCAGCCAGCAGGCCCACUAA